AUGGACGGCGACCCGGCGGUUGAGCCGCAGCUCGACUCCUUCAGCCUGACCUUCCCCUUGCCCUACCGUGUCGCCUUCAUCGUCGUCCUAGCCGUCUGGGGCUGGGGCAUCAACCUACACCAUCUCUACAACCUCAAGAUCGAUGUGCCCUCGCUCAUCCGCUACCCGCAGCGGCCCUCGGCCUCGCAUCCCCCCCACCACAGGUCGACCUACCGCCUCGCGACCGUCCUGUCCUCGACCCUCGCCUUCUCCAUCGUCACCUUCUGGCUCUUCUCGCACCGCGACCCGAAGCUGGUGGUCUACUACGACUGGAUGCCCAUGACCUACCUGCUCGUGCUGGCCAUGCUCUUCAUCCUGCCGCUGCGGCCCCUGGCCCUCUCGCACGGCGGCCGCUCCCGCCUGGUGGCGACGCUGAAGCGCGUGAGCAUCGGCGGGCUCGCCCAGGCCAGCGACGGCAAGUUCGGCGACAUCCUGCUGGCCGACGUGCUGACCUCGUACGCCAAGGUCAUGGGCGACCUGUUCGUCUGCGUCUGCAUGAUGUUCUUCCACGGCAGCGACGGCAGCGCCACCGACCGGCCCGACCGCAACUGCGGCGGCCGCGUCCUCGUCCCGCUCAUCAUGGCCCUGCCCUACCUGAUCCGGCUGCGCCAGUGCCUCAUAGAGUUCGUGCGCGUGCGCUCCGCCCCCUACAAGGAGAGCGCGGGAUGGGGCGGCCAGCACCUCGCCAACGCGUGCAAGUACGGCACUGCCUUCCCCGUGCUGCUCUUCAGUGCGCUGCAGCGCAACCUGCCCGACGACGCCCCCGCCACCAGCAAGACUGGGCUGUACCGCGCCUGGGUCGCCGCCUGCCUGGUCAACAGCCUGUACAGCUUCUACUGGGACGUCGCCAAGGACUGGGACCUGACGCUCUUCUCGCCCCGGCGCGAGCGCAACUCCCCGGACCACGCGUUCGGCCUGCGCCGCAGGCUCAUGGUCGGCCCGCGCUCUACUACCUCCCCGCACCUGGACCACAUCGUCGACUUCGAGAGCUCCAUCUUCGUCAUCGAGUUCCUCGAGGUCUUCCGCCGCUGGGUCUGGAUCUUCUUCCGCGUCGAGACCGAGUGGCUGCGCAACAACAGCGUCAACACCGGGCUGGCGGUGGACGACAUCCUGCUGGGCGACUACCAGGGCAAGUAUGAGGACGAUGAGGAAUAG